AUGGAGGUCCUCCUGGGUUGCUUGCUCUGCGGUCUGUUCAUCGUUCUCCAAUAUCUCCUCACAAGAAGAAAGGCCAACAAACUCCCGCCGGGCCCUGCCAGGCUUCCGAUAAUAGGCAACCUCCACAAUCUCGGCAGCCAACCCCACCGAUCCUUGGCCGAUCUAGCCAAGAUCCACGGCCCGCUGAUGAGCCUGAAGCUGGGCCAAGUGACCACCAUCGUGGCUUCUUCCCCGGCCGUGGCCAAAGAGAUUCUGCAGAAGCAGGACCAGCUGCUCUCCGACCGCCAGGUCGUCCUCGCCGUGAGAGCCCUGGACCACCACCAAUUCAGCGUAGCCUGGCUCCCCGUGGGAUCAAAGUGGAGGAACCUCCGGAAGAUCUCCAACUCGCACUUGUUCGCCACCCAGAAGCUGGAUUUCAACGAGGAGCUGCGGAGGGAGAAAGUUCAGGAGCUCAUGGAAGAUGUUCGACGAAAUGCCUCUGAGAGGCCAGGGGAGGCCGUGGACGUCGGGCGAGCGGCGUUCAGGGCCAGCUUGAACGCUGUGUCGAGGACGAUGUUCUCGUUGGACCUGGCGGACGACGGCCAGAGGUCGGACACCGCCAGGGAGUUCAAGGAGGUUUCGAGAUUGAUCCUCGAGGAGGCCGGGAAACCCAAUUUGGGAGACUAUUUCCCUCUCUUGGCCAGAUGGGAUUUGCAGGGGAUACAGAGGCGGAUGACGAUUCAUUUCGGCAAGGUUUUUGUUUCAGCCAUGAAACAAUUGGGCCUUGUGGUGCUUUGUGGGCUUGGGUCCAUAUGUGCCUUGCAGACCAUAUUUACUAUUAGGCUAGGCUAUGCCAUAUUUACACCCCCAACAGUUUUCGAUAUGUUUGGAAAGGUGAUCGACGAGCGGCUGCGGCAGCGGGAGUCCGAGGGCUAUGUCUCCGCCAACGACAUGCUCGACAUGCUUCUGGACAUUGGGGCUGAUCAAAACAGCAGGGAGGAGACUGCCAUGGAUCCACUUCGCAUCAAGCACUUGUUCUUUGAUCUGUUUCUAGCGGGAACCGAUACAACUUCAAGUACAUUAGUGUUUUUGGGGUCGGAGGUGGAUGCCAAAGGGAACUACUUUGAGUUGAUCCCAUUUGGUGUUGGAAGAAGGAUAUGCCCUGGAUUGCCUUUGGCGACGAGGAUGUUGCAUAUGAUGCUGGGUUCGUUUGACUGGAAAUUAGGAGAUGAGAUCGUACCAGAGAUGUUGGAUAUGGAAGAGAAGUUUGGAAUUAGUUUGGAGAAAGCCAAACCUUUGUUUGUUGUUAUGACUCCCAGAUGA